AUGUAUGUGGCAACGAGUGAACGGUCCUUCUUCGCUACCGAUACCCGAACUCUUACAGCCAAACGUAAAGAUGUUUAUUCAGCUGCCAGUGUCAAAAUAUGGUAA